AAUCACCCCCAAGUGACUCAGAGCCUCCAGUCAGGCCAGCGCAUGAGCACGUCCGAAUCCGCAGUCAGGGCCACCGGGAUGGGCCCCAAAGUUUCCUACAAUCGGUUCUUCCCCGUGGGACCGUAAGACCAUGGGAAUCUGUCUGGAAAGCAAAGGGGGGUCGUGGGGGCACACUGGGCCAGUCCUGGGGGGAGAGGAAUGUGUGUGCACGCAGGGGGAAGAGGCCCGGGGAGGGGGCCAAUCUCUGCGCACUUGUGGGGGUCCUCCCCAGAUCACAAAGGCAUGUGGGGAUUGGACACGAGAAUGGGGGGUUCUGGCCCAACACCUGGGAGGGAACCUUGGGUCCACAGAGGGUUCUAGUCCAAGUGGCGAGGGGGGAGCCCAGGGUGGGGGCGCCCUUAGUGGGGGCUGGUGGACACAGCAGCCAAAGCUGUGUGUUUGUCUGUCAGUGGGCGGGGAGGGGGGAGGUCCACCCAGAGCAAAUGGGGUGGGGUCCCAGCUAUAGAGCUGAGAGGCGGCCUGUGUCCUUGGCAGGAUGCCAGAGCAGUUAGGACCGUGGGGAAUGCCAAGGGUAAAGUGUAAAGUGUCCCCCAUAAGACUCCUGGAGAACCCCCACCCAGUGUCUUAGGCAGCCUUAAGCACUCCCUCUGCCCCCUCCCACCCCCUUCCUCCGGAGGUCCCUCAGCCUGUUUCAGCCGUGGCUUGUACACAUUUUCCUAUUUCCUGUGAACCUCCGCCCAACAGCGGCAGCUGGGUGACUCAGGACCCUGGUGGCCGGGCCCCCCGCUCCAUGGGAUCUUUGUUUGCUCAGGCCUUUGGCUCUGGCCCUCUGGCCUAGGGCCCUCAAAGGAUUUCCUGAGUCCCGCCCCUGCCCUCUGACAGCCAGGCCAGCAGGCCAGUGCAGGCCUGGGGUCGGAUGGGGGUGUCCCUGAGGCUGGGUUGGCACCCCUAGCACUGGGCGCAAGAGAUGGAGACCCAAGAGCCUGGAGCCGACCAGCGGCCCCCUGAGGCUGAGAAAGAGGUGAUCCGCCGGGCCAUCCAGAAGGAGCUGAAAAUCAAGGAGGGGGUAGAGAACCUGCGGAGGGUAGCCACGGACCGCCGCCACCUGGGCCACGUGCAGCAGCUCCCGCGUUCCUCCAACCGCCGCCUGGAGCAGCUACACGGAGAGCUGAGGGCGCUGCACGCGCGCAUCGUGCUGCCGGACCCCGGGCCGGGCCUGGCCGAGCCUGUGGCCCCAGGCCCGCCGCCCCCCGUGGAGCAGCCCAGGGCUCGGCACCUAGAGGCUCUCCAGAGGCAGCUGCAGGUGGAGCUGAAGGUGAAGCAGGGGGCGGAGAACAUGACCCGCACGUAUGCCACCGGCACACCCAAGGAGAGGAAACUCUUGGCAGCGGCCCAGCAGAUGCUGCGGGACAGCCAGCUGAAGGUGGCCCUGCUGAGGAUGAAGAUCAGCAGCCUGGAGGCCAGUGGGGCCCCGGAACCAGGUCCCGAGCUGCUGGCAGAGGAGCUGAGACACCGGCUACGCGUUGAGGCCGCUGUGGCUGAGGGAGCCAAGAAUGUGGUGAAGCUGCUGGGUGGCCGGCGAACGCACGACCGGAAGGCGCUGGCCGAGGCUCAGGCCCAGCUCCAGGAGUCCUCCCAGAAGCUGGACCUCCUGCGGCUGGCCUUGGAACAGCUGCUGGAGGGACUUCCUCCCGCUCAUCCUCUGCGUGGCCGAGUGACGCGGGAGCUGCGGACCGCUGUGUCUGGGAAGCCCCAGCCCUCGGGAGUGCUUGUGAAGCCCACCGCUGUGACAGGGACGCUGGAGGUCCGCCUCCUGGGCUGUGUGCAGCUGCUGACAGCUGUGCCUGGACGGUCCCCAGCGGCCUCGGUGGCUGGGAGCCCCUCCCAGGGCUGGCUCCGGGGCAGGGCCAAGCCGCAGCGUGGUGGAGGAGAUCUGGCCAGUGAGGUGCUGGCCGUGCUGAAGGUGGACAAUCGUGUCGUGGGCCAGACUGGCUGGGGGCCGGUGGCCAAGCAGUCCUGGGACCAGACCUUUAUUGUCCCCCUGGAGCGGGCCCGGGAGCUGGAGAUCGGGGUGCGCUGGCGGGACUGGCGGCAGCUGUGUGGCGUGGCCUUCCUGCGGCUGGAGGACUUCCUGGACAAUGCCUGUCACGAGCUCUCCCUCAGUCUGGUGCCCCAGGGCCUGCUCUUUGCCCAGGUGACUUUCUGUGACCCUGUCAUUGAGAGGAGGCCCCGGCUGCAGAGGCAGAAACGCAUUUUCUCCAAACGCCGAGGUCAGGACUUCCUGAGGGCUUCGCAGAUGAACCUCAGCAUGGCGGCCUGGGGACGCUUGGUCAUGAGCCUGCUGCCUCCCUGCAGCUCCCCAAGCACAAUCAGCCCCCCCAAAUCGUGCCCCGAGACCCCAUCCACACCCCGGGCUGACCCUGCCUCGCCCAGUCAUUUCCCACCCAAGAAGAGCCCCUUGGGAGAAGAGACAAGGCCCCCGCCCAAGCCCCCACGCCUCUACCUGCCCCGGGAGCCGACCCCCGAGGAGAUCCCGCGCACCAAACGUCCCCACAUGGAGCCUAGGACACGUCUUGGGCCGCCUCCUCCUGCCUCAGUCACCAGGAGAGCCCCCCGGCUUCAGGACUUCCGCUGCUUGGCCGUGCUGGGCCGGGGACACUUUGGGAAGGUCCUCCUGGUCCAGUUCAAAGGCACGGGGAAAUACUACGCCAUCAAAGCACUCAAGAAGCAGGAGGUGCUGAGCCGGGAUGAGACGGAGAGCCUGUAUUGCGAGAAACGCAUCCUGGAGGCCGUGGGCCGCACGGGGCACCCCUUCCUGCUCUCCCUCCUUGCCUGCUUCCAGACCUCCAGCCAUGCCUGCUUCGUGACCGAGUUUGCAGCUGGUGGCGACCUCAUGAUGCAGAUCCACGAGGAUGUCUUCCCUGAGCCCCAGGCCAGUCCUGGGCCUGAACUCCCUCCGCCACCCGCGCCCCCGCCCCAUGCCGCUCACAGGUUCUACCUGGCCUGUGCGGUCCUCGGGCUGCAGUUGUUACAUGAGAAGAAGAUCAUUCACAGGGACCUGAAGUUGGAUAACCUUCUGCUGGAUGCCCAGGGUUUCCUGAAGAUCGCAGACUUCGGGCUGUGUAAGGAAGGGAUCGGCUUUGGGGACCGGACGAGCACGUUCUGUGGCACCCCAGAGUUCCUGGCCCCGGAGGUGCUGACCCAGGAGGCCUACACACGGGCUGUGGACUGGUGGGGGUUGGGUGUGCUGCUCUAUGAGAUGCUGGUGGGUGAGUGCCCAUUCCCCGGAGACACGGAAGAGGAGGUGUUUGACUGCAUUGUCAAUGCGGAUGCCCCAUAUCCCCGCUUUCUGUCAGUGCAAGGUCUCGAGCUCAUUCAGAAGGUGGGCAGUGCCUGGGGCCAAGUGGCCUCUGUGAGCCCCUGUCUUCUGGCCCAGCUCCUGCAGAAGUGCCCGGAGCAGCGCCUGGGGGCAGGUGAGCAGGAUGCGGAGGAGAUCAAAACCCAGCCCUUCUUCAGGACCACCGACUGGCAGGCCCUACUCGCCCGCUCCGUCCGACCCCCGUUCCUGCCCACACUCUGUGGCCCUACAGACCUGCGCUACUUCGAGGGCGAGUUCACGGGGCUGCCGCCAGCCCUGACCCCGCCUGACCCCCACUGCCCCCUGACCGCCCGCCAGCAGGCCGCCUUCCGAGACUUCGACUUUGUGUCUGAGAGAUUCCUGGGGCCCUGAGGGCCUCUCGGGUGCGUCCGCCCUGUCUCCCCAGCUGCGUGCCCUGCCCUGGAGGCCUGGGCCUCCCUGGGUUAUUUGUGGGUCUUGGGCCUUGAAGUGGCAGUUGUGGGGGGGCUCUCCGCCGCCACCACCUCCCUCUGCCCAGGAGACCUGGACCAGAAAGGGCAGCACAGCAAAGAGCAGUUGGUUUUUUUAAUACUUGACUUGCUUUAUAGAUUAUUAAACUUAUAAAACUGUGCA